UUGUAGGAAACCGAGCGAUUAAUGGGCCCCUAAUUCUCAGAGCUGAAUUCUACCUGCGUGCUGCAAAGCAGAAAUGAUUCAGCAAUGGACCAACUCUCAUAAACUGGACUACCUUGGUGUGCCCAGAUACUGGGGCUCUGGACUGCAUGAAAAAAGUGGAAACAGUUACAGGUUCAUGGUGAUGGAUCGAUUUGGGACGGAUUUACAGAAGAUUUAUGAGGGUACUGGGAAACGGUUCCCUCACAAGACUGUAUUGCAGAUGGGGUUAAGACUGAUUGACAUUCUGGAGUAUAUACAUGAGCAUGAAUAUGUACAUGGAGAUAUCAAAGCUUCCAAUCUUCUCCUUCACCACAAAUAUCCCAAUCGGGUAUUCUUGGUGGAUUAUGGUCUUGCCUAUAGAUACAGCCCAGAUGGUGUUCACAAGGAGUAUAAAGAGGACCCUAGGAGGUGUCACAAUGGCACAAUAGAAUUUACAAGUAUUGAUGCUCACAAAGGAGUCAAUCCUUCAAGAAGAGGCGACUUAGAAAUUUUGGGUUAUUGUAUGAUUCAGUGGCUCUGUGGCAAGCUGCCUUGGGAAGACAAGUUAACAGACUCAACUUAUGUUACCAACUCAAAAAUAAGGUAUUGUGAUGAAAUCCCAACACUUAUGGACACCUGCUUUCCUGGGAAAAAUAAGCCGGGUGAAAUGGCAAAGUACAUGGCAGAAAUUACUCAGCUGAGCUAUGAAGCUAAACCUCCAUAUCAGAAGUUAAGAAACAUUCUUUUACAAGGUCUGAAGGCAUUGGGUAGCAAGGAUGAUGGGAAGCUGGACUUCCCUGGUGCCCAGAAUGGACACGUCCCUGCAAAGGAUCGAAAGAGAAAGUUAACCAAGGCUUCGGAGGAGGAGAAAGAAGAAGAAGAAGAAGAGGAGGAGGAGAGUUCACUGGUAGUGGUGAGGAAGAAAUCGUCCAGAGGUCGCCCUUUAAAGUCUGUUUCAAAACCUUCAGAACCACCCGCAGAGGGAUGCAGACGUGGACGCAGCCAACAUAAAUAGUAUUGUGUUUUUUACGUGUGUUUUUUAUGUUUGUAUGGAGAAAGUAUUCAUUAGUUAUUAUCUUUUCAGAAUAAACCUUUUACUGAAUAUUUUGUGUUUUUUUUAUGUAUUAAAUGAGGUAAUCAAAA